CAUCACCGUGUUUUGAAAUUUGAAUUUUGCUUAUUUAAUUUCCUCAGAGGUUAUAUUAUGCUAAGAAAUCUGUAAAUAAAUUUAAUAUCAUUAGUAUAUGCAUAUUUCUAUAUAAUGGACAAAGACAAACAAAUCAGUAAAAAAUGUAAACGGUUUUCAGCGAGGUUAAAAACUUCUAAGGGAGUUUUAUGCAUAGAUAAACCAUGUUCGAAAAUUGUUCUAUGCAAUGUAGGACAAGCUACAGGCUUUAGUAAAGAAGAAAUUCAUGGAAUGGUGGAACUGUUACCAGAUGUCAAUCUUUUGAAAUAUAUAGCGGAAAAAGGAGAAUCACAUUCCUAUGUUGUUUUCGAUAAUACGAAGAGUGCAGAGUUAUUUUACAACACAUUCAAUGGUACAGCAAAAGCGAAAAAUAAUGACACAUUGAUUUAUAUGAAUUAUGUUGAAGAUGUACCAAAUGAUGAAAUAAUCUGUACAGCAGACAAUCCUAAAGGCCUACAAGUACUACCUGACUUCAUAUCAGCUGAAGAAGAACAACACUUUUUACAAAUAUUUGAUUGGAUAGACAAUUCUAAUUUAAAGAACCGUCAAGUGAAACAUUAUGGCUACGAAUUUAGAUAUGGAAGCAAUGAUGUAGAUUUAACUGCUCCAUUGUCAGAAAAAAUACCACCAGAGUGUGAUGUACUAUGGAAAAGGCUACGGGAACAAGGUUUUGACAUUGAAGUACCUGACCAGUUAACAGUUAAUAAAUAUAGUCCUGGACAAGGCAUUCCAUCCCAUGUUGACCGUCACAGUCCAUUCGGAGACACAAUCCUGUCUCUAUCUCUAGGAUCAUCUGUUUUGAUGGAUUGGAAACACCAUAGUGGCAAAUAUGUUCCAAUCAUAGUUCUAUCUCGCUCCAUAAUGGUUAUGCAAGAUGAAGCUAGAUACGACUGGCAACACGGCAUUCAGCCGCGUACAUGGGACCCCAUUAUAGAAAUGAGAAAAGAUCCAGAAACAUCCAACAAUAUUAAAGUUAUAACCAGUGACACAAGACCCCGUGGUACUAGAAUAUCGCUAACCUUCAGGAAGACGAGGCAGGGGCCUUGCGAGUGUGGUUAUAAAGUGCUUUGUGAUAGAGGGAGUAAAGAGAUUGAUGAUGAAGUGGCUUCGCAUCUUGAGGAGCUGCAUGUACAUCAGGUGUACGAACAAAUAGCAGGCCACUUCAGCACAACGCGGCACAAGCCCUGGCCGAAAGUGCAGGAGUUUAUGAUGAACACUACACCUGGAUCCAUCGUUUUGGAUCUUGGAGCUGGAAACGGCAAGAAUAUACUCAAUAGGAAUGAUAUUAUACAGAUAGCGUGCGAGCGCAGCGCUGGGCUGCUAGCUGAGUGCGCGGCGCACACCGCGUCAGUGUGCGGCGCGCAGUGCGUGCGGCUGGACGUGCUGUACGCGCCGCUCGUCGAUGCGUGUGCGGACGUAGCGCUGUGCAUCGCUGUGGUACACCACUUUUGUAGCGAGGCUAGAAGGAAACAAGCAAUUAGUACGAUCGCCCGCCUCUUGCGGCCCGGCGGCAGAGCUCUCAUCACAGUCUGGGCAAAAGACCAAAAGAAAUCCAACUACAUCGUCCCAACUAAAGAAAACUCCGACACAAACGUCGUCACAACUGUCGGUGGUCUCAAUCUACCCGUACACGAAAACCGAACCCAGUUCCAGCACAACGAUUUACUCGUUCCGUGGAAAUUGAGACAGGUGAACAAUAAAAAACUGUCAAAUGAAGCGAAUACGACGUUUUUGCGGUAUUACCACGUGUUUGAAAAGGGAGAAUUGGAUAAGUUAUGUGAUCUACCCGAUUUGGUAAUAGAGGACAGUUUCUAUGAAGAAGGGAAUUGGUGUGUCAUUUGUAAAAAACUGUAAUUAUGUAUUAUUUUGUAUAAUGUUUAUUAAAUAUAUUUUAUUUUUACCAUA